CAACUAUCACCGUUCAUAUAAACUGAAGGAAGCAGCAGCACCCGGCAGAAACAGGUAGAAGUAGGAAAAUUCGACAGAGACCGAUAGAAUUGGACAAGAUGCAUUUCCACUGUUCGCUGAUGCUCGCUGCUAUUUUGUUUUUCUUUGUUCUCUCAUCACCUGCUUAUGCGAAGAAGUCAGGCGAUGUAACGGAGCUGCAGAUCGGCGUUAUGCAUAAGCCUGCAUCUUGUGAACUCCAGGCUCAUAAAGGUGAUAAAGUCAAAGUACACUAUCGGGGAAAACUUGUUGAUGGAACUGUUUUUGAUUCAAGUUUUGAAAGGGGGGAUCCCAUUGAGUUUGAGGUUGGCACAGGUCAAGUAAUCAAAGGAUGGGACCAAGGACUCUUGGGAAUGUGUGUUGGUGAGAAACGAAAGUUGAAAAUACCUGCAAAGCUUGGUUAUGGCGAGCAGGGUGCUCCACCCACUAUCCCUGGUAAUAUUCUCUCAUUUCCUUUUAUUAUGUAAAUCUCUUGUUUAUUUCAAAGAGAAAAUUUAUGUCUCUUUUUGUAAUGGCAGUGAUUAGAUGAUCUCUAUUUCCUAAGCCAUGAGUAGCGAACAGUGAGCUUUUGUUUACUUUAAUGGGUUAGUAAAACUGCUUAUUUCAAAAAAAAAAAAAAAAAAAAAAAGGGUUAGUACAACUCCUGCCCUGCUAGUGAUGCUCUGAUUGAAGUCAUUUACACUAAGCUUGGUUAAAAACUAGUAAAGGAAUGUAGAAGAUGGGAAAGAGAAAAGGAAAAAAAAAAAAGUUUCUUCUAAUGGAAAAGAAGAAUUAAUGUUUUAUAGAGGGAAA